GCAACGGCACUGCGACCGCUGAUGGCACCGCAGUCCAGCGCAAAACUGCAAGCAUGGCCACGCCAAAGAGUCUCCUGACACCCACGUUGGCGAAAAUGGCAAUGGUCAUCGCGACCAACUCACGUUCAUCAGCCCUAGGCUGCACACGCUCGUCUCGAGCAUCGAGGAGAAGCUUCAAGAGCUCGGCAACCGCCCGGGUAUGGCAGGGAGCAUUGCAAGGACCAUUCUCGAGCACGGAGCGUGGGUUGAGGAGCAUCUUGAGGAGGAGAUCGAGUUGAGGAAGAAUGCCAUCGGAGGUCUCGACCACAUGUGGCUCCACCUCUCGUCGAUCUCGAGCUUCAAUCCCGUCUGUGCCGCCAUCUGGACCUUCUCUGACAUUAUCGAUGAUAAGAAGAUCCACGAGACGAUGCUGCGCCAGGUUGACGCUUUUCCAAAGUACAAGCAGAUCCUCGUCAACCGUGGGAGGAGGUGGCACGGAGCCACGUUUGUCGAUGACCCAAACUGGGAUGUCCACCGCCACCUCAGCAAGCAGAAGCUGCCCGGAGCUGCCGGCCGCCAGGAGCUCGAUGACUUUACGGCCGAGUUCAUCGCGCAAGAGUGGGACUUUUCCAAGCCUCUGUGGGAGCUUGUGUACUUUGACAACUACCAAAAUGGCGACCAGAAAGGCGGUGCCAUCGUUGUGAGAGGCCACCAUACUCUGACCGACGGGCAGGGCUUCGUCAUGUCGCAGCUUUUCAUCUCCAGCUACGGUCCUGAGCUGGAACGUAUGAUCAACGAGGGUAGCAAGACGAUAAAGGCAGCCAGGCGUGGCACGGCGCAACCAUCCAAAGUGCAUAAGGCACUGAAGCCCUUGGACAAAUACCAGAACCUGCUCGUCUUGCAGCUCGCCAUGUUCGCCCUCUUUUGGGCCAUCUGGCUUGGAUCAACAUUCCUCGAGGUCCUCGGCAGCAUCUCCCAGGCCGCCUCAUUCGUCUUCUACUAUCUCACCAGCAGCUGGCGACAGCGGUACCUUACGUCUGACUAUGUCGGCGAGCGUGUAAAGAAGAGAGAAUUCGCCACGAGCAAGUCCUUCCCUAUCGAUGACGUCAAGAAGCUGCAAAAGGCCUUUGGCGGACCUACGCCAGGUGGCUGGCGCGAGGCUCUCCAGGGAGGUCGCAAAGCAAAGAGCUGGUGGGGUCACCUGACCCUCAACGACGUCCUCUGCACAAUCAUUGCCGACGUCAUGGUCGACGAAAUUGACCACCAGGAGCCUGUGGACGUUCCUGGUCUGUUGCCCUGGCUCAAACGCAGCGUGAACCGCAUUCUGCCCAACCCGCUGUGCCUGCUGAUCCCGAUCAGCAUCCGACCCGUCGCCAACUGGCAGAUGCAGAACUGGUCCACUGGGUCCCUCGCAUGGAUCCCCUCCCCGAGCGCAAACGAAGGCCUGGCCAUGGGCGCCAAGGCAAUGCACAGACGCCUCCACGAAGCGGCGCGCGAGCUGAGCGUUCUCAAAAACGGUAUCCUGCCUCGUCUUGCCUUCUACCUCAUUCAAAUCUCGGGCCAGGCGCCCAUCCUUUUCCCCCACCCAAGCCUCUGGACACCUGUACAGUCGUUUGUGCGCGCCUACCUGGCCUAUGCCGUCGAGGCGCAGGUGGCUAUUGUCACAAACGUCCCUGGACCCCAGGGAGGCCACAUCACCCUGGCCGACGCCCAGGUCGAAGAGUGGAGCGCAAGCCCGCCGCAGGGCGGCAAGGGCACCCUGGGCAUCGGCAUCAUCUCCUACAACGGCAACGUCUGCAUCACCAUCGCCGCCGAUCACGUCGAGGGCGCACCGAGCGAGGGCGUGGCGCGCAGGCUCACCGACGCAUUCGAGCGCAGGUGGGCUCAGUACCUCGAGACGGCCGAUCAGAUCCUCAAGAGGGCUGAGACGAGCCGCAAGUUUUAAGAAGUAUGAAACUUCGAGAUCAUCUAAAGAACAAGGCACAACAUUC